UCGUGCACUUUUGAACUUAAGUAUGGGUACGUGGUAGGUAUCAAACGGGUUUUACUGUAGUUAGAGAGCAACUUAGAAAACCUGGUAGGCAUCAAACAGACAAGCCGGACACAAAGUAUGCUCCCUCGGAGGCAGGAGUACGGCAUGAAGAGGAGCGGAGGAGCGCGGAGCGGUUCGGUUAUAAACUUCAGGUCAGCGAUGAAGUUGAGCUCCGGCCGCCGCAGCUCCGCCGUGCUGCCAUCGCUGUUAACCUUCUUGGUCAUCGUAGCAUCCGGAGGCCUGCUGCUCAUGAUAGAGAAGGGAAUGCUGAACGGCAUGGAGACGCCUUCACCCCGCAGUAACGGCAGGCGACUAGACUUCAACCGGGGGCAGGCGGGGGGACGCAGCCCAGACGCGGCGGACCUGGAGUCCCAGUACGGCGUGGAGAUCAUAAAGCGUUACAGAAAGGGCCGCGCUAAGGAUGCAGCUAUAACAGGAGACGACGUGACUUUUGCAGAGUUUGUUCGUUACUUGUUAGACGAGGACGUGGAGCGCAUGAAUGAGCACUGGAUGCCCAUAUAUAACUUAUGCCAACCUUGUGCCGUUUCUUAUGAUUUCAUCGGGUCCUACGAGCACCUGGAAAGCGACGCGGAGUUUGUGCUCCAGCAUGUUGGAGCGCCUCCUCAUGUUCACUUUCCAGAGAGGCAAACGUGGUACAAGCCGGUCACCACGGAAUCAAUACACUAUUAUUUAUGCAGCUUACCACAGAAGCUACUGAGAGAACUCCUGCCCAAGUACAUUUUAGACUUUUCUCUAUUCACAUACCCUCUCCCCAACACAACCGCUGCACACUGUCGGCAUUAAAUGAGCAAUGCUUUAUAGUUGUAUUAUUUCUUUUAUAGAAAACCGUUUGUACUAUUUUUAAGGAACAAAUUGUAUUUUCAGAGCUGUUACACAGGUUUACUUGAUGUCCGCGUGCCUUUUAAAAGUGCUGAUUAUUGGACGAGAAAGACUUGACUUCAGAACCACUAAAGCUUGAAAUCAAAUUCAAAAGAAAAGGUCAACCAAACCACACGUUAUGUCAGCUGUUACAGUAAUUAUAUCUACUCAGUAUACAACGAUGGAAAUAUUAAUAUGGUUGCGAGACCAAACUCUGUUUUUAUUUGUUGCUCUAUACACUGUAGACCUUAGAAAAAAACUGUUCAGUGGUUUUAGUGUGCAUUCAGUGGUUUAGCAGGCUAAAACACGCACCAUGUGCUGAGAUGGUCGAGGGUUUCAUAUCAAGCUUAUUUAAUGCUCAAUCACAGCCUCUCGUUGCCAGCUCCUCUCCCUCUUUGAUGUAACAGAUUAUUUACCGUGUAAUAAAACUGAAGUUUACCUUUUCUGAUCUA